AUGGGAGCCAAGUUCACCAUCUGCUGCUGUCAGUACUAUUUGAAACACAACAGCGAGGAGAAGAAUGCUAUUUUGCGUAUGAGCAAAACCACAACCUCCAGACAGCCAGUGUUAUCCAGUGAGUCCAGCGACAGUGACAGAGAAGAGGAGAGCAUUUUCGGUCCAUGGCCUUCGAGGAGGCGAGCUGUGGAUCCGCAGGCCAAGAAAAGCAGACCCUGUGACUCUCCCAUCAGGAGAGGAUCGGACAGAGAGCUACAGGCUUUUAUCAGCAUGAGAGACCAGGCUGACAAGGCUACGGAGGAGUGGGAGAAGCUGAAUUAUGACAUAUACACUUUACGUUACGCCAGACGAGAAGUCAGAUCUCGAUGGAAGAAAAUUCUCCUGCAGCUAGGUUAUCAGUGUGAGGUGGAUGCCUUGCUGUGUGUGAACAAACAGAACUGGUUCAGUAGAGAUCAGGAGCGACUUAACAAAGCAAAUGAACUGUUGAGACAGCUGCUGGACCAAACCUCCCUGUUUCCUCCAGAAACUGAACACCAGAGCAAAUACCUCUGUGUCAUGGACCGCCUGGUGUCACUGGACAGUGCUGAGGACUUUAUAAGACUGGCUGAAAGAAAAUAUCCCAAGAAAGUAGGCUGA